CUCAGUCGAAAUGGCAGCCGACGGCAGUUGGCCUAUACUACUCUUGUUGGUCUCAACACAGGCCAUUAUUCACGCUGAGAAUCUAAGUGAAUCCACGCCCGGCCCCGAUGAGGAAUACAAUGUGAGCACAACUCCGGGUGCGCCGCUGGAAGAGACCACCAAUCGCUUGGCUGCUCGCGUUGAGCCAUACGAUAAGGGUGAUCGGGAGCAGUACGAUGUGAUCGAUGUGGCCACAGCUACCGGUACGGUGAUGGGCAAGCCCAGAAGUGGACAGACCACGAGAAUCUACACCACCGGCGAAGUGGACGAAAGCUUUUGGCUAAAGCAUCUGGGCGAUGACUUCAAACAUGCCAUCCAUCUGCAGGUGGGCGGCACCAACGAAGAGUACAAUCGCCUGAUUAACCGGACCCAGAACGGUGUCCACGAGGAGGUGCAUCACGAGUAUUUACCGGGGGCCGAACGACCUGGCAGCGCAGUCCAGCCUCCAUCUCCUCUACCUGCGCCACACCAAUCGCGUCCAGCUUAUCGUCAGGGUUUCGACAAUCGAGCCAUGGCCAUGAAACAGCAGUAUCUCAUCCAUCAGCAGACCCAGCAAUCGCAUCCUGCCCAGCAACGCUAUAACUAUGCCCAACAGCAUGCACAACACUAUGCACCACAACCACAACUGCAACCGCAACCACAACCACAACCACAAUACCCACAGCACACACCGCACAGAAACACGUAUGCAAUGCCUCAGAAUUAUGGGCAGCAGAACUACAAGCCGCAGAGUUAUAUUAUCAACUCUAGCGAAGAUCAGCUGCACGCCGAGCAAUCGAAUCCCUCGCCAAUGAAAUCAGCUGGAGAGGAUCGACAACAUCACGAGGAGGAGUUUGACUCCUUUGGCGGUCAGCUCAACUUCAAAUCACCCUUCAAUGACUACGGCAGUCGACCAGCACGAGAUCUCACCUACCUUCUUUAUAAGCGGGGUCUCUAGAAGCUAAAUCCAUGUCCACGUCAAACCAAAGACUUGCGGUCUCCAGACCAUUGAGUUCUAUAAAUGGGACUGAGCCACACCAUACACCACACACCACACAUACACACACGCCAACACAUUACACACAACACGAACUACACAAACACUGAGAUUAAG